AUGUUCAUGCACCCUUCGAUACGUAAGGGUUUGAUCACUGAACCAACUUCCGCCGCCGCCUUCCUCAACUAUCAAGAUCCCGUUUGCAUACAGGACGAUCAGCUUCUCGCCGAUUACUCGCACGAGGCCGCUCUCCACUUCUUCGACCAACAACAACCCCAGCUGCAGACCCCAUUCCAGUACCAACCGGAUUUGCAGAUCGUCUCUCCGGCCUCUUCCGCGCCCUCCUCACCCACUUCCUCCCCCGCCUCGACCAUCUCCCGCCGUCCAGCCACAACGGUGCCCACUGAUUACGCCUCGACCGUCUCCUUCGAGGCUCCUUCCAUGACACCUUCCUCCUCCUACAACCCUUCCAUCCACAGUUACCACUCCGCAUCGCCGCCCUCGCACAACUACUUGCCUCAAUACCCCCAACAGUCGUACUACUUCAACAGCAAUCCGAUGUUGGCACAACAGUCCGUCGCAAGCAACCACGGCUGGGAGGGCAACCUCCAGGUCCUGGGCCCGCGCCUCCAGAACAACAUCUCGCGCAUGCCUCACUUCAACAACCAGGAGCAGCUGAAAGCCUCCGCCAGCCCAUCUUCCAGUCGGUCUGCACCAGCAGGCAACAACUCUUACCAGAGGGCAAACGGCCUGUCAAAGCCUCUGCCCACGCCCGCACAUACGCCCGUGCAGCACUCGCUGUCCACUGCACAGUACGAUGGCAAUCAGGCUGAUGCGGACUAUGCUAUGAGACAAGCUGUUAUCGAGCAGCACAAGCAGCAAUUUCAGCAACAGCAACAACAACAACAGCCCCAUCACCAGCACCACUCCAGCGACUAUUCGAUGGUCUCGAGUGUGAGCCACAACUCGCCUGUGACGCCACAGACGGGCUUUGAGGACCUCGACGACGGAUCGAAGACAAUGGUUAAUGGUGAGAACCGGUAUCCUGGCGUGGAGAAGUGGAUGGAUGAUUACUUACACUUCGAUGCGUUUUCAGACUACAACAACAACAACAACAACCACAACGCCAACAUGUCUAUUGGCAUUCCCAAGCUCAACCGCACUAUCUCAGACAUCUACCAGGACGAGCUCUACAACCCGGCCCUGGUGCCUACGCCGCAGGUGCCCAAGCAGGCGAACCAGCAGAAUAUGCUGGCACCGUCGUAUCGCAAUGUGAUCGCCGAUCGACUCCAGGCUGCCAACCAGGGCCACUUGACCGCACGGUCCCAGUCCCCUAUGAUGAACAUGCAGCGGGAUCGCUCUCCCUUCCGGCAGAACUCGCCUCUGGCGGCGGAAUACCACACUGCUGGUCUCCAGCAGCCCCAGAUGGCGACCAGUGCGCCCACCUCGCAGAACGGGGUGAAUCUCGGACAGUCAUCUCACGGAGAGUCGAACACCAUGUCCCCCAAGGACGCCCUGUUGGACUUCAACGAGGGAGACGACGCCGGACUGCCCCUGUUCCCGCCCUCGUCGCAGCCAGACUUCAACCUCGGCGAUGCCCUCAGCGGACUACGACGUGAGAGUUCAUCUUCGUUCCAGCCGUCCCAGAAUUUCACCACCAUGGAGAGUUUCCCGACUCAAUACACUACGCAGGGACCCACCCAGCAGUACUCCUUUGCUCAGCCGCAGCAGAGCCACCGCCAGCCGCAGCAGCAGCAGCAGCAGCAGCAACAGCAGAACAACCUUUUGCACCACACCCCCGAGUUCCCCGCCUCUCUCCCUCAGUUUGAGUCCACCGGAAGCGAUAUCCUCCCGUCGACGGAGAUGACCUCUCCCCCGGCACAGCCGAAGAUGCCCCUGCAGCCGCAGCCUAUCAAGGAGGAGAUCACUCGGCCGGUGAAUACCUCGGCCGACAGUGGCACCUACACCUGCACGUACCACGGCUGCACGCUACGGUUCGAGAGCCCUGCCAAACUCCAGAAGCACAAGCGCGAGGCGCACCGUCAGACCACGCCAGGCGGCCACCUGGUGGGGCGGGACACUAACGCCCGCAACUCCCAGGCGGGUCCGCAUAAGUGCGAGCGUAUCAACCCGUCUACAGGCAAGCCGUGCAACUCGAUCUUCUCGCGGCCCUACGAUCUCACGCGGCACGAGGACACGAUCCACAACGCCCAAAAGCUGAAGGUGCGAUGUCAUCUGUGUACGGAGGAGAAGACAUUCUCGCGCAAUGAUGCGCUCACCCGGCACAUGCGCGUGGUGCACCCCGAGGUCGACUGGCCCGGCAAGCAAAGGCGGAGGGGCAGGGAGUGA